CAUCCGCCCACGGGAGCGCGCACCAUGACGUCAGCGCCUUGCCGCGCAGUGAUGAUGGCGGUGCGUGAACGCGCAGUUAAAGUAAUGGCUGCUCUGGAACGGCGGGUGCCUUGUCUCGAUGAUUUCGUGGGCCAAAGCUGGAGCGUCUGGACCGAAAGAGCCAACCUGACAGCAUCGGAGGGGUCCGAUGGAGACGAAUACAGCAAGAAUGGGAAAAAAACGACGGAAACCAUGACACUGAGGAAAGAGGAUAUGUCCACUUUUGGACAUUAUCCUGGUCACGAUGACUUCUACCUGGUGGUGUGCAGCCACUGCAGUCAGGUGGUGAAGCCUCAGGCCUUCGAGAAGCACUGCGAGAGGAGGCACGGCCCUCUGGGUAAGCUCUAUGCACACCUCCGCUCCACCCCACCUCCAUCCCAGCAGCAGAGACCCCGUCACGGACACACGCCACCAUCACACGGAGCCACCGCCUCCUGGAGCAGCAGGAACCAGAGCGUCGGGCCCCCACGAGUGUCUCCGCAAUCCCCCGCAACACCGCCUCAGUUCAGACACUCAAAACCUCUGAAAGAUGGAGUUUGGCACUCGCCUUCAAACUCUUCAAACUCGGCUCAUUCAGAAUCGGCUGUUUUUAAGCAGCCUCCUCCAAUUGAGCCCACACGCAGCUCUCCUCCCCCGGCCCACAGAGACCCUCCAUGGCCACACGGAGGGCCGUCGCCCAACCGGCAGCCGCCUCCUGCAGCUGAAAGACCUCAAUCCCAGAGAGGAGAGGCGGCAUCGGCCCCUGUCCCCUCUGGACACCUCAGAGGAACCAAGACGCACAAGAUGGUCUCUAAAAAAGAAUGUGACCUUGACAAGCACUGUGGUGUUUUGGACACUGAGAGAAAGAAAGUGUGUACUCGACUUCUGACCUGCAAUAUUCAUUCCAUUCAUCAGCGCAGAAAGGUGCAGGGCAGAAGUAAAAACUUUGACCAGCUGGUGGCGGAGCUGAAGAUGAGCUCGAAGGCUCGUGAAAGGGUUUCUCAGCCGCCUGAGAGUUCCUCAGCUCCGAGUGUCAGUCCAGAACCGCCCCGAGACACACCUGCACCACCGUCCUGUCGGAGACCCCUGACCAACAGCCCUGCAUUUAGAACACCUGUAUCAUCUGAAAGCAUAGAGGAGGAUAAAACCCAUCUGGAAGAAAGCAGCACUCGAGCGCACUCUCCUCUCACACAGGCCCACAUCUCAGGUGAUGAGAGCGAAGGAGAGACCAAUGAGGAGCUGGCGGACUGGCACUCCACUCCAUGGCAUCCCAAACCUGCUGCGCUUUGUUCAUUUGGAAGUCAUUCUCUGGGUCACGGUGUCUUCACUUUCGAUCGACGGUUACACCAUCUACGGUCUGCCAUGAGUGCCAUGGUGGAGAGCCACCUCAGUGCCCAUCUGUGGAAAAAAAUACCUCAAGCAUCAGAUCCUCAAUCCCAGAGUCCCCAAGCCAAGCCUGCAGCCGUUCCUGCCUCUCCUUCCUCCAUUUCCCAGCAUUCCAAACCAAGAGCAGGAAGUCACAACACGACUUCCUCUCUCAAGACUUCCUUCUACUCUUCCCACGGACCAGGCAAGGAGCCAAACCCACAGAGUUCCUCCACCAGCAAGGCUUACUCUCAGUCCGAGAACUCUGGCUCCAGUAAACUCGGACGGUCUCCUUCUCAAUCGGGCCCCGGGCGGCCCAAAAACCCAGUCGGGCGGCCCAGCAAACAGCAGAUGCGUCUCAGGGAAUCAGAUCGGACGCCCACACCGGACGCCGCUGCACUGCGCAAACGAAAAGCCUCUUUUGAAGACUCGGACUCAGCCGUCAGCCCGGACAAGAACUGUGUGUCCCAGAACAAGAGUCGUCCACUCAUUAGCAAAACGCCACCGUCAGCCUCUCACGGACAAACCAACGGCUCGCUUUCGCCAGGAAGCAAAGCGAGGCCCUCGGACCCUCACGCCCCCUCCUCUUGGGCCUUUAAGAGGACUCCUCAGUCGGCUCCAGACAGCCGAGGACUGGACUCGGGACUCAGGGUGUCCAGCUUUGACCAUAAGAGUUUGGGGAAGAAACGCAAAAACAGUGGCUCGUCUCCACCCUCCAAACCCCACCGGCUGCCCACGUCCCCUCACUCCGGCUUCUACACCUGGAAGGAAAGCAAAGGGUCGGGACUCUCUGUAGGAGGAGAGAAGAAACUCAGCACACAAAAGCCAAAAUUGCACCACUGAGAGUGCCAGCCUUACAAGCCACUAAAAGAGCGAGCCCUAUGAACUCUACCAUACAGAGCUAUGGACGCAGGUCUCGGGAUGUUUGACUGUAUGUGCGCGUGUGUGUGAAUGCUACUUUGAAUGUCAGUUUGUGUGUAUGUCAGUUUGUGUGUGUGUGUGUGUGUGUAUGAAACCAGAUGGGGGCGUGAAUUUCUCUGUGAAUUCAGAAAAUACCUCAGAAUCUACUGAACAAUGCUGCUACGUAAAUGUUGUUUAUAAAAUGGAUUAAAAUAUUCUUUAUACUCA